AUGUCGCUGCUUGAUUCAGAAGCCGCCUUCAAAAAGAGGGUCAUCGAGAUUGGUGACGAGAUGCUUUUUCAGACCCUGGACAAUUCAGGUCUGAAGACUUUUAGCGGCCUGGCUUUUGCUUGUGGCACCCCACAGUCACAGCCUGAUGACACAGCCUUUGGUACAUUUGCUGCAGGUGUUUUUGGGGCUCCCCCCACGCUGGGCCAGUUGUCCCAACUUCGCAGGCUGCACUUCGAAGCUUGUACAAUUGUUUUUGCAACCUUGAAGAGCAACGUAGCUGGUGACCUGUCUGAUGGAAUUCGUAAACUGCCACCAGCAGAGAAGCAGGCAAGAGCAAAAGAUCAGCAGACAAGACUCACAGGCAUCACGCUGUCCGGUGAGAUGGAGCCCAGUUAUGCGCUGGUGGAUAAAUGUGCAAGCAUGAGGGAGACGGGAUCCCUGCUUUGGAUCCAUCCGUCUCAAUGUACAAAACGUGAACAAGAAGUGCAGCAAACUUUGAAGGAAAAAUCACAAGUGCUAAAGAUCGAGAACAUGACGCUGAAAAUGGCGGCUGACACAGAAACCUUUGAAGCUGAUCAUGGCACUGAACUAAAACUUAUGUGGUGCUUCCAAAGACGUGGAUUGGCAUUUGACCAAGCAGCUUUGAUUUCUUGGGACAAACAUGAGAGUUGUGUGCCAGCAAUGUUUCAGGCGUAUUCAGCAGAACCACCACCUUCAUUUGCGAAGGUGACCAUGCCUCAACUGUUGCGAGCCGACAAGGAGCUCUUCACCAUCUUAGCACGGGAAGUGGAGACAAUCCAACCUGAUACUGUUGGACACCGCCCUCUUGAUGAUGCAAUUGCACGUUUGAAGACGGACCCAAGGGUGACCAUGCACUUGAUACCGCUGCCAACAAAGGCGCAUUCAGUGGAGGCUUCCAAUGCGGCAAAGCCUGACAAUGCCAGGCCAAAGGCCAAGACUAGGCCGGGCAAGAGAGCUCGCGCCGCAACCGAGGUGAAAAUGCCAGACGAGCUGAAGGGUGGUCACUCCAAAACAGUUGACAACAAGCCCAUCUGUUGGGCCUUCAACAUGAAAGAUGGAUGUUCAGCAAAGACCUUUGGAAACCCAGUGCGCUGCUCCAAGGGCAUCCACGUAUGUGAAGAACAGCCCCCGACACAGCAACAGACAGAGCCAAGGAGCCCUCGUCAAAGUGAUGAAGGCCUGCACAGAGCUGCGAAGCAACCGGAAAAUCUUUUUGCAAAUCUCACCGAGGGCACUGAGUGGAAAGAUUUUUUGAUCGUUGAGAUCUUCGCUGGAACAGCCCGGUUAAGCCGUGCUUUUGCCAAACGAGAUUUUCGAGUUUCAUCUGUGGAUCACACAACAAAAAGAUCCACAGGCCUUAUCACCAUUUUGGACCUCACGAAGGAAGAGGAUCUAAACUUUUUGCUGGAUUUCUUGAAAGCUGAGCUCAAUGUGCUGGUUUAUAUUCAUUUAGCGCCACCUUGUGGCACGGCAUCAGCAGCCAGGGGAACCCCAGUCCCGGGGUGUCCUCCAGAGAUGCAACCUGAUGUCGGAAAGCUGUUGGACAAGAGGAAUGCUUUCUUCAAAAAAUGGACAAGUCGCGCAAAAGAAUUGUCCAGCAAAGAGAAAGACCUUCACAACUCACUGGACCCGGAAAUUGCAAAGGUUUUCAAAGGGAAGAGACUUCUGCUGUUUGAAGAGAUCCUGACCGAGAUUGGUUUCCCUGACCGCAACCUGGUGAGGGACAUUUGUGCGGGCUUCCGCAUUACUGGCUGGCUGAGAGACUCCAUGAUUUUUCCUCAUCGCUCAAAGCCACCCCAGUAUUCAGUGGAGGCACUAAUGCGCCUUUCAAAAGGCAUCAGUAGGAGCAUUUUCAAGUCAGUCAACUCAGAGGAAGCCAGCGUAUGCCUGGGACUUUGGUGGUCAAGUUUUUUCGACGACUUUCCCACCUUGACAGCCUCCUCUGUAGCGGAUCAAUGCAAAGCUCAUGUGCACCUGCUUUUCGACCUCUUGGGCCUAGACUUCGCCCGCGAUGGGGACAAAGCUGGCUUUUUCGGAGAGUCCUUCAAAGCGCUUGGGCUGCUCAUUGAUUUGUCGGAAUUUUCAGCUGGCCUCGUCCGAAUUGGACACACCGAGAGUCGCAGACAGGAGCUCCUGUCACAGAUAGAGAUGCACCUCGAGCAGAACUGCUUGAAACCAAAAGACGCAGAAAGACUCAGGGGUCGUUUGCAAUGGUAUGAUACUUUUCUUUUUGGGCGCAUAGCCAACUACUCCAUGAGCAUGAUUAGCAAGAGAGCCAUCUCCUGCUCUCUGAGCGGCAGCCUGGACCCGCCGCUUCGAAGGGCACUGCAGUUUCUCAAAGAACGUGUCUUGGUGUCUCAACCGGUGCAGCUGACAAAAGCAGCUGGGAAGACUUAUUUCAUUUUUACUGAUGGUGCCGUCGAACCGUCAGAUGAUGGAACGAGCAUGCUUGCCUCCGUUGGGGGCAUUUUGUACAAUGCUGAUGGCGUAGCCGAAGCCUUUUUCAGCGAACAGGUGCCAAAGCUGAUCCUGGACAUGUUUCUCAAGUAUUCCAGCCAUCCAAUAUUUGAAGUCGAACUUCUAGCAGUAUUGGUUGCUGCACAUGUAUGGGCGCAGGCCCUCACCAACACCUACGUGGUUAUUUACAUCGACAAUGAAGCUGCAAAGAGUGCACUGAUGAAAUCUCACUCCAGCGUUUUGUUUGGAAAUGUACUCACCACUUGUUUUGCGCAGAUUGAGUUUGAGCACAGCCUGAAGGUUUGGUUCCGAAGGGUGCCCUCGUACUCAAACCCGGCUGACAAACCCAGUCGUUUCGAAAUCCAGCAACUGUUGGACGCUGAUUCCGCUUUGGUUAAGCCAAGCUGGGAUCAAAUACUGCUUCUGAUCGAAAUGAAGGAGCAGACACUUUGA